AUGGAAAACAUCAUAUACCAGCAAGCAUUAGCUGACUAUGAGAAGGCCCUCAGUCCAGACCAUACAUCCACUCUUAGCACACUAAAAGAGACAGAGGAGAUGUACCAGCAAGCACUGGCAGGCUAUGAGAAAGUCAUGGGUCUGGGUUAUAAUACGACCCAAGGAAUUCUGGAGCAGCUUAAUAUGCUCAAGAUCAAAGACAGAAAUUACUACCCGAUAAUACUGUAUAGCUAUUCUCAUCACAGUAUCUUUUGA